AUGCCAGUUAUCUCCACCCUUCCUCCCUUCUCCACCCCGCCAGUGCCCGUAACGGAGUACAGCCAAUCCAAGAUCAACAAGGCAACACAAAGCCUCACCACCAUCCACGGUCGCGGCAGCUUUGGCAAGGUGUACCUUGCAUUGCAGCUCACAUGCCAGUGGUGUCCCCUUUCCUGUCGUUGCCCCAACCAUGCAGUGCCAGUAACGGAGUACAGCCUGUCAAAGAUCAAGAAGGCAACACGAAACUUCACCACAAUCUAUGGGCGGGGAAGCUUUGGCAUGGUAUACCUGGCAGAGGACUUUUUCCGAGACCAGUCUGACCCGCGAGCCAUCAUCAAGCGAGCCCAUGACCCGCAGAAGCUGGGUGAAUUUCUGUUCAAGUGCAAGGUGGAGGUGCUGGCAAGGGCACGGCACCGCUACCUGGUGAACCUGCUGGGGUACUGUGUGGGCAAGGGCGAGCGCAUCCUCGUUUAUGAGUACCUCUCUAAUGGCACACUCUUCGACCGCCUACACAGGCCGGAGCUGGAACCGCUUCCCUGGGAAACGCGUGUGAGCAUAGCAGUGAACAUCGCGUGUGCCUUGGAGUAUCUGCAUCACGGCGUGUCUCCCCCCCUCGUGCACCGCGCUGUGACCUCCUCCAACAUCCUGCUCGCCCACGAUAUGAGCGCCAAGCUGUCCGAUUUCGGCAUUGCUCGAGGCAGCGGCGGAGCAACGUCAUCCUUUGAGGAGAAUCCGCGGAGGCAGCGCAAGUCGCGGGCGGGGAGGGCAGAGAGGGGGGAGGCGAGUGAGGCGAGCAUGCAGAUGGAGAAGGUGGACGUGUAUGGGUUCGGAGUGGUGCUCCUGGAGCUCAUCACGGGGCAGAAGGCCAUGAAGGAGGUCCACAUCACCAGCGUGGUGAGUCAGUCACGGUGCAUGCGGUACGUGCAGUAUGAGGCGAGCAUGCAGAUGGAGAAGGUGGACGUGUAUGGGUUCGGAGUGGUGCUGCUGGAGCUGAUCACGGGGCAGAAGGCCAUGAAGGAGGUCCACAUCACCAGCGUGGUGAGUCAGUCACGGUGCAUGCGGUACGUGCAGUAUGAGGCGAGCAUGCAGAUGGAGAAGGUGGACGUGUAUGGGUUCGGAGUGGUGCUGCUGGAGCUGAUCACGGGGCAGAAGGCCAUGAAGGAGGUCCACAUCACCAGCGUGGCCGCCCCUUUCCUGGAGAAUGCCCAGAUGAUGCCUCUCAUGGUGGACCCGCAGCUGGGCAGCUACUUCAACUCGCUUCCUUUCCCCUCACCAUCUCUACCUCCCUAUUUUCGUCCUCCGUAUGUCGCUUCCUUUCCCUACCAUCUUCACUUCCCUGUUGCUUCCUCCCCACCGUCUCCCUCCUCCCCACCGCCCCCCUCCCUCCUCUCACAGGCCGCCCCUUUCCUGGAAGAUGCCCAGAUGAUGCCUCUCAUGGUGGACCCGCAACUGGGCGGCUACUUCAACCAAUCAGAGCUCAUCGAGCUCGGCACCAUCGCGCGCGACUGCGUGCAAGAAGACGCGUCCAGCCGCCCGACCAUGCGCGAGGUGCUCCAAACCAUGGAGGAGCGACUCCGCCUCGACGCCCACCUCUUUGACAACCUUAACGAGGACGAUGCUCUGCUGGUCGAUGGGUACUCUGCGGCGGUUCCCGCUGCUGUGACUGCCAGCGGGAGGCGGUCGGGGGUCGGGUUUGGAAGCCUGCGGCUGAGUGUGGGGGGAGGGGGGACGAGUUCGGGGAGGGGUGGGGAGAGUGGGCGGUGGGGGGCAAGUGUGGAGAGUUUUGCGCAGUCGAUCAAGUAUGUGCUGAUGAGUCCAGGGCGGGCUGGGAGUGGGAGGGGCGGGGCGGGUGGUUUGCCGGUUGAUGACCCCCAUGACCUCGAGAUGUCAUCUCUUCUUGUCAUGAACGCAGCUGAUGCGAGGCGGUGGACCGAGGAGAGGGGAAUAAGGGGAGAGGAGAGGGAAGUAGGGAGGGGGAAGUGGGAGCAGGGGAGAGGGAAUGGGGGGCAGGGAGAGUGGCCGGUGGUGGGCAAGUGUGGAGAGUUUUGCGCAGUCGAUCAACUGAUGCACGGCGAUAGGGGGAUACCUGGUGGGGGCAGAGGAGAGGGGAAUAGGAAGGGAGGUAGAGGUGCAAGGGAUGGGGCGGGUGGGUUGCCGGGGGACGGUGCGCAUGACCUGGAGAGUCGUCUCUUCUUGUGA